AUGGUUGCUUUUAUAAUGAAAAUUUGGUUUAUCGCUCUUUUAGCUCUUGUUUUUGCUUUGGAAGAGCCCGAUCCUAUUAAUGACCAAGAAAGAAACGAUGAAGUUGCUCAAGCACAAGCACGUGCCCGAUGGAUUGCAUGUUUACUUAUUUCUCGCACAAAAUUAAGUCAACACUCUAGUGAAAUUUCUUCAAUUUACUCUGCUUCGAAGUUCGAUAAAGAUUUAAUUGAAAAAAAAAUUAUAGGUGAAAUUCUUUAUAAAUGUGACCAGCUUUUAUCGUGGAAACAAGCCGAAGAAUUAUUAGCAGCCGAUGAAAUUAAUUUGGAAAAGCCUGAAAUCAAAGAACUCACAACCAUUGAUAAAGAUUUUUAUAUAAAUCCUAAAAGUGAUAUUAAAGAUUUAAGAUUUAAGAUUACGAUAACACUUCGUCGACCCCCACUUAGCUUAGGAUCUGACAAGCAAGUCCAUCCUUCCUGAAUUCCAUCACUGGCUAACAGCUCUGAACAACGGUAGGUGGAAUUGGCCUAACCGUCGAACCGUUACAGUAGCCUAUGACCUAGACGAGUCUCUCUUUCUUUCUUGAUGUUGAUUCAAGGACACAAGGAACUGCCGAAGCAGUUCCAGCGCCAAUAUCCUUCAGAAAGUCUGAACUUCCCUCACUAGGAUGACCUUAGGGGACAAUGACCCUAAUUCAUGCGCUCCAUUUUUAAUUGUGUGAAAGUGAUAUUAAACUGACCCAACAGCAAGUUAAAUAUGGCGUCUCGGCCAGGGUAUUGCAUUCCAGAAAUGCACCGAGCACUUAUAUGUAUCUGAUAAAGUUUUGCAAACCCAGAAAUGGAUCGCUAUGCUAGAUAAGCAAUUCCAGCAGUGUGUGGAUCAGAGCAUGAGUCAGCUUUCAGAGUUGUAUUUUACCUCGCGGAAAAAAAAGGUGUGGAGUUGGAAAGGAGAAAGAAAGUAGCUCAUCCAUAAGCUGUCGAGGUCGGUAAAAUUGUCCCCAAGAGUAUAGCUGUGAUCAAAGCAGGCUGGCCUGGCUACCUGUGGGCCCUUACGUGCAAGAAGGUGAAAAGUGGACGUUAAGCAUUUAUAAGUAAUUAAAGAACUGACCCAACAACAAGAAGAUUUGAUUAAGAAAAUCAUAGCAGUAAUAUAGAUUUAGGAAGCCAAAAAGACUGGUGAUGGGUUUGAUCAAGAUCCACCAACUGUACCAGGAUUUGAUGCCCAGGCUUAUAUACAGAGUAAAGGACUGUUACCCCCAGCAGUGUAUUAUCUAGGACUUGGUGGAGGAGUUUUAUUGUUGGUUGGCCUUGCAUUUUUCAGUAUGAAAUAUUUAGUUCUUAAAAAAGCCACAGCAGUUGAAGAAAAAAAGCCAGCAGGUGCCGAAAAGAAGUCUAAAAAAGAGAAAAAAGAGCAAUAA